GACUCGGGACAAUCGGGCGACCCCGGUCUGCCGGGCCAAUCGGGAGGACCAGGUGCCAAGGGUCCCCGCGGCGACAGAGGCUUGCCGGGCGAAAUUGGCCUCCACGGCGUGAAGGUGGGUCUCGGCGGAGGGUGUCGUGUCUCGCUGGGCCGCGUCGCAUCUGCCACUCGAGCGGGACUCGAACUGUCGAUGUAUCGGUUGCGAGACCGGCUGUACAGUAAAACACGCCUCGAAACAUGCGCGAAAGAUGGGUUUUCAAACAGCUCUUUGCUGAUGCCAUGUCAAUGA